CUGGACAUAAGUUUUCUCAUAAACUAAAUCAAUUCUCAAUAAGUAAAAUAAUUAAAAGACCUAACUAAAGCCUGUUGCGUGAGUGCGUCGUCUACUUUUCUACCAUCGUACUCGUUUCACGCCGUGUCGCCGUCUACAUACUCGUUUCACGCCGUAUCCUCCCCCUACAGCCGGCCCUGCGGCAACAAUGGAGCCCCAACCCACAGUUCAGACCAUGCCACCAUGUUGGAGCAAAAUCGUACAGCAAAAGCCGCCGCCGCAGCAAAACAGCCUGCUUCAUUUAGCCGUUGCGCAGCGGCCCCCUAAUCGGGAGUUGGUGGGGGAUUGUAGUUCCACAAAGGGACUAGCUGUGGCGGUUGUGGACGCUAACGCCAUCAUUCAGGGAGGUCAAAACCUAGCGCAUUAUGCCAACCGCUUCGUGUCUGUACCGGAGGUCUUGUGCGAAAUUAGGGAUCCUACCUCUCGUCACUCUCUCAACUUCCUUCCUUUCACUGUAGACACAAUGGAACCAUCACCCGAUUCACUGAAGAAAGUUAUUAGCUUUGCAAGGGCAACUGGAGACUUGCAGACACUAUCAGAUGUGGAUCUUAAGCUUCUUGCUUUGACAUACACAUUGGAGGCUCAAAAUCAUGGAACCACACAUCUUAGGGGUUGUCCACCUCCAAUCCACACAGUCAAGGUGAGAAAACUGCCCGAGAAGGACCUGCCUGGGUGGGGUUCCAAUGUUUCCAAUCAGGAAGAAUGGGAAGCACUUGAAAAUGCAGUUGAGUCAAAUACUACCUCCAGAAUUCUUCCCUUAAAUAUUUUUACCCCUACUGCACCCACUGAUAAAAAAAGUACCGAUGGCUCAUCAACAGUCAUAAAUGAUGAUAUGUCUGAAUCUAAGAAGCCUACAAGAUGCUUGGCUGAAAUGAAGGAGAUAAUGAUUAAAGGUAAGAAGAUGGUGGCCGAUGGGAUUGAUGCUUCACAGGGACAAUUUGAUGAUGAUAAUGCUAGUGAUUGGCUACCUGCAGUUAGUCGAAGCACUCAUAGGAAGUAUCUACGACGAAAGGCUAGAAAAGAUCACCAUCACAUACCAUCUGAAAGUGAAGCUGUUGCUGGAUCCUCCACUGAGAUUAUUAGAGAAGAUGUUACAAAAGAUAUUUCUACCAUUUUAAAUGAAAUGAGACUGAACGAGGAUAAGUCUUUAGAGUGUGAUGAAACCAAGAGUUCUGAUGCUGGCAAUAGUAACUUAAAGAAGGAUUUUGUGGAAUUAGCAUAUGAAGAUGCUGAUGAUGACUUUGAUAAGGGAGUGGAGAUUGUAGAAAUAGCUAGUCAGAGCUGUGAAGACAUUGAUGAUCGCAGCAGUGAACAGAGUUGGUCACUCAGAUCCUUAUCCGAGUCAAUGGUUGCUUGUAUAACUAGUGAUUUUGCAAUGCAAAAUGUGAUACUUCAGAUGGGUUUGCGGCUUAUAGCACCUGGUGGGAUGCAGAUUCGUGAGUUACACAGGUUUGGCUGGAUUUACGGGUUGAUAUUCAACUGGACCGGGUUGGAUGCCCGGUUGCCGGUUUCUAGGUCGACCUGCCCGGUCUGGUUCUGUUAAUCUAGCAUACAAUGAGUGAAAAAAUUUCUUCGCAUUUUUCAGGUGGGUACUAAAAUGUCAUGCUUGCUAUAAGGUGACCACAGAAAUUGGUAGGAUCUUCUGCCCCAGUUGUGGCAAUGGGGGUACACUACGCAAAGUGGCUGUUACAGUGGGAGAAAAUGGUAUAGUUAUUGCAGCAAGAAGACCACGUGUAUCUUUGCGUGGGACUAUAUUUUCACUACCCCUGCCCCAAGGAGGUAGAGAUGGCAUUUCCAAGAACCCUGUUUUACGUGAGGAUCAGCUUCCACAGAAGAUUCUGUACCCCAAAACAAAGAAGAAAAGCAAGCAGGGAGAUGAUAUAUUUACUACUCAAGACAACAUAUUUGUCCACCAUACCGAUAAAAAGGCUCCCUUGCAGCCUCCUAUCAGGAAAGCACUUGCCGUUUUCAGUGGAAGGAGAAAUCCCAAUGAUAAUCAUUAUUCUCGUGCUAUUCAUUAAAACCUUAGCCAUGGAUCAAGCAUAAUUCUUGGUGUGUUAUGACCAAUAUUCCAUAUCGCGUAGCACCACAAUUUUGCUAUUCCAUGAUGGUUGUCCUAAGUUUAGUGUAUGCAUAAAAACUGCGGUGUUUUGAGUUUUUCUUUACCUAUACAGUUAUACUCUUUACCUAUGAACAAAUUUCCUAUUUGGGAAGAGAUAAAUUAUCCUACAUUCCUACUUAGCCUUUGGAAUGUGUUAUCUAAAUUUCAAGUGCAUGCGUUGAGUUUUUCUUUACCUAUACAGUUAUACUCUUUACCUAUGAACAAAUUUCCUAUUUGGGAAGAGAUAAA